CGAAAGAAUACCACUGCCACGUUAGCUUAGCAAUCAAGUGUGGAGACAACUGACUACCCAUGAAGUAGAAAUAAGUAUAAUCGUCAUGGUUCCGGCAUGAUUUCUUACACAAAUUAUCUACUGCAUAGCCAUACGUCCGAAAUUUCUACUACUUAUUAUAUUAGCCAAUUCUUUGCUUUGGAAAGAGCUUCGCUAUCGCUACAAUGGGAGGAAUUAUUCAUGUCGUCCAGCUUCAGUUCAAAUCAGAUGUUGGCAGUGAGAAAAUUGAUGAUGUACUUGCGCAGCUAAUAGCGCUGAAGGACAAGUGUGUUCUCCUAGACACCCAAAAGCCAUACAUCAAGUCAAUCAGGGCCGGACCGGACAACUCAAUUGAAGGAAUGCAGAACGACUACACUCAUAUGAUCAUCACCGAAUUCGAAAGUGUUGCGCACCGAGAUUAUUAUGCGAAGAAAGACCCUGCCCAUAUGCUUUUGGCUACAUCCCUGCCUCCAUUCGUGAAGGGGUUGCAGGUACUCGACAUCGCUGCAUGAUCAUUUGAGUGGGUAUUUUCUCUUUUUGGGGCGGGGGGGAAGGCGAGAAUAAAAUUAAGCUGCACUAUCUCUAUGGCUCUCAGUAUAUUGUGCAAUAGUUCUAACAACACUAGAGCUAUACUGGCAGGCUUGGCUUAAGUCGCUUGUAAUGUAGCUUCGAGCUAUAUGUUGGCUCCUAAUGCGGAUCAUCAUAUUCUAGUUCUUCAAUAUGAAAUCAUCGUUCUGUCUAUGA